AGGACCUUCUAAUGGCUUUGGUAUUUCGAGCUGUGGCACAAUUAGCAGGAAUUUUGUUAUCUUUGCUGGGAUGGGUUUUAUCUUGUCUUACAAACUACCUGCCGCAAUGGAAGAACCUCAACCUGGACUUAAAUGAGAUGGAAAACUGGACCAUGGGACUCUGGCAAACCUGCGUCAUCCAAGAGGAAGUGGGCUGGCAAUGUAAGGACUUUGAUUCUUUUCUGGCUUUGCCGGCCGAGCUCAGGAUCUCCAGGGUUUUAAUGUUCCUGUCAAAUGGGCUGGGAUUCCUGGGCCUGCUGGUCUCGGGGCUCGGCCUGGACUGCUUGAGAAUUGGAGAGACACAGCAGGACGUCAAGAAGCGGCUGCUGAUCCUGGGAGGAGUUCUGUCCUGGACAGCAGGCAUCGCAGCCCUGGUUCCUGUCUCUUGGGUUGCCCACGUGACAGUCCAGGAGUUCUGGGAUGAGACCCUCUCAGAGGUUGUGCCCAGGUGGGAGUUUGGGGACGCCCUCUUUAUCGGCUGGUUUGCUGGCUUUUUUCUCCUGCUAGGAGGGUGUCUGCUGAGCUGGGCAGCCUGCGGGACCCGGGCUCCCCUAGCUUCUGGCCACUACGCAGUGGUGGAAACUGGGCAUCACCGUGUACACCCGGAGAUGAAAACCACUCACCUGUAACUCUAAGCCAGAA